UUAGCAGGAUCUUGUAUUGUGUUUACAAAUAUUGUGCAAUCCUAUUACAUUUUUUUUUUAUUUUGUUAUAAAAAGGGAUAUAACCUUCUCUUCCUAAGCAGAAUCACAAAAAACAGCAAUCAAACUUUCAAUACUGUUAAUCUUUCUCUACUUUUAUUACUUUAUUUAAGAGCUCGAUCUUUGAGUUGAAGAUGAGUCCUAUAAUAGCCUUGUUAGCAACUUCCUUUGCUUUGCUGCUUGUUUCGAUAUCAUGGAGGGUACUAAAUUGGCUUUGGUUAAGGCCAAGGCAGCUGGAAAAGCAACUAAGGAAGCAAGGCUUUUCUGGUAACCCUUAUCGCCUGUUGUAUGGAGACAUGAAGGAGAGUUCCAAGAUGACAAAGGAGGCAUUUUCAAGUCCAAUCGGAAUCUCUGAUGACAUUGUGCCUCGUGUUCAGCCCUUCACUCAUCAGAUUGUUAAGAACUUUGGUAAGAACUCUUUUGUAUGGUUUGGGCCUGUACCAUGCAUAAAUAUCAUGGAACCUCAGAUGAUAAAAGAAGUAAUGACAAAAUAUGAAGAGUUUCAGAAGCCAAAUGCAAACCCUCUUGCCAAAAUGAUUGUCAAAGGGAUUGUUGCAUUAGAGGGUCAGAAAUGGGCUAAACACCGAAAAAUAGUUAACCCUGCAUUUCAUUUGGAGAAGCUCAAGGCCCUUCAAGGAGAAUUCUAUGUAAGCUGUAAUGAAAUGAUCACCAAAUGGGAAGAAAUGGUGUCAUCUGCCGGAUCAUGUGAGCUAGAUGUGUGGCCGCACCUUGAUGACUUGUCCGGUGAUGUUAUCUCAAGGGCGGCAUUUGGUAGCAGCUAUAAGGAGGGAAAGAAGAUAUUCACACUACAGAAAGAGCAGAUCGCAAUUGCUAUGAAAGUACUGCAGCAAGUUUACAUUCCUGGACUGAGGUUUUUGCCAACUAAGACGAAUAAGAGGAUGAAGGAAAUCAAUAAUGAAAUGCGAGUUUUGAUGAACAAUAUCAUCACUAAAAGAGAGAAUCAGAUGGAGAUGGGAGAGGCUUGCAACGAUGACUUGCUUGGAAUUUUGUUAGACUCUAGUUCAAAGGCAGUUCAAGAACACGGAAACAAGAAGAAUGUUGGGCUAACUAUUGAUGAGGUAGUUGAAGAGUGCAAAGAUUUUUACCUAGCAGGGAGGGAUACAACUUCUUGCUUGCUGGUGUGGAUGAUGGUUAUGUUAGGCAAGCAUGUAGACUGGCAAGCUCGUGCUAGGGAGGAGGUUUUACGCGUUUUUGGGCAGAACAAACCAGAUUUCAACAGCUUGAACAACUUGAAAGUUAUGACAAUGAUAAUAAAUGAGGUCCUAAGGUUAUACCCGCCUGUGAUUCUGAUGUAUCGUAUGAUCCACAAACCAAGCAAAGUCGGGGACAAUAUGCUGCCACCAGGAGUACAAAUCUGUGUACCGACAAUGCUUGUACAUACUGAUCCUGAACUAUGGGGUGAGGAUGCCACUAAAUUCAACCCUGAGAGAUUUUCUGAAGGUGUAGCUAAGGUAACCAACGGCCAAGUUUUUUACAUCCCCUUUAGUGGGGGUCCAAGGGUAUGUGUUGGGCAGAACUUUGCGCUGCUUGAAGUGAAGAUGGCUUUUGCAAUGAUCUUACAACGUUACUCGUUUGAGCUGUCACCAUCUUAUUCUCAUUCGCCGUUCCUUCUUACCAGCCUUCAACCUCAACACGGUGUCCCCAUGAUCUUACGGAAAAUAUAGAAUCUUUGAAGACUCCGUGCCUUCACAUUAUAGUCAUAUAUAUAAUUUACUAUGUAAUUCAACAGUGUAAAACUGUAAUCGUGUGUUUUUUUUUUUUCCAGAUGUUUGAGAUUGUUUGCAAAAAUAUAAUUUUCACUAUUGUAUCAAAUAAUACAUGAUUGAUAUGCUGAAUGAUAUUUUUGUAUGAAAGAAUGGUUCAAUGUUUUA